AUAUGUCAAUUGAAACUGACAAUAAAGACUGAGCAUGUGUAAUCGACUUAGGGUAUGAAAAUAGGGUUUUCAUUUAAAUUUGAUAUGAAAAUAUUUUAAACAUGUUUAAAAAAGUUGCUGUGGGAAUUUCAGGGGGUGUUGAUAGUUCAAUAGCGGCGUUGCUUUUGAAAAGAAAAGGAUUCAAUGUACAGGGCGUAUUUAUGCAAAAUUGGGACAUUAGAGACGAAAAGGGAGUUUGCAGCAGCGAAGAAGAUUUUAAAGAUGCUCAAUUUGUAUGUAAUAAGCUAGGAAUUAAGUUAAAUCAUGUAAAUUUUGUGAAACAGUAUUGGAAUGAAGUGUUUUGUGAUUUAAUUAAAGAAUAUGAAUCGGGUAAUACACCGAAUCCGGAUAUUCUGUGCAACAGAAAUAUAAAAUUUAAUUAUUUCUACAAAUAUGCAAUUGGAGAACUAGGAUGUGAUGCAAUCGCAACUGGUCACUACGCUAAUAGUAGUUUUGGACGAUUUUUAGAAAAAUAUGAAUCAAAUAAAGCUGUUAAACUAUUGUUGGCAAAAGAUAGUAAAAAAGAUCAGACUUUCUUCCUUUGUCAAGUGAGGCAAGAGAUGUUAAGAAAAACGAUGUUUCCAUUAGGAAAUUUGACGAAAUUAGAAGUAAAACAAUUGGCAGUAGAUAAUGAUUUAGAAAGAAUUGCUUCAAAACCUGAAAGUAUGGGUAUUUGUUUCAUAGGCUCGAGAAACUUUCAAGACUUCAUCAAAGAAUAUAUUCCAGAUAAAUCAGGGGAUUUCGUUGAUAUAAAUACAGGAAAAGUUGUUGGAAAACAUGAAGGUAUACACAAAUGGACUUUAGGACAAAGAACGAGAAUAUCUGGACUUCCUGUAGCUUAUUUCGUGGGAAGGAAAGAUGUGGAAAAUAAUAUAAUAUACGUAGCAUCCGGUACUGACCACUCUCUUCUCCAUAGUGAUUUAUUUUUUACUGGAGAGCCUCACUGGAUCCAUUCGGAGCCUUCGGAGUUACAAUGUAACUAUAUUUUGGAAUGUAACUUCAAAUUUCAGCACACGGAAAAUUGGAAACGUUGCCAAAUUUGUAAAAUCGAAAAUGGUUUAGUGGUGAAACUUGAUGAGGAAAUGAGAGCCUUAACCAAUGGACAAUAUGCAGUGUUUUCAAAAAAUGGGGAAUGCUUAGGGAGUGCCAAAAUUAAAACUACACCAAUUUCUAGGUUUUCUUAUGAUUAUGAUGUAAAUAAAUAUAAAGAAAAAAGUGAAACUGAAAUAAUUACAGAGCAAAUUUGAAAUGUAUUUAAUUUAUCUCAUUUUCUCAUUGUCCAUGUUGUCAUUUUUUUUACAAAUGCUUGCAUUGACUAGGAAUUCUAGAACUAGCUAAACCAAAGCUUUAUUCUCCUGGUGAGGAGUUUAGGUAAAUACUUUCUGGAGAAAUUCAACUCGAGAAGACACCAUCCUUCCUCACUUAAUUUUCUUUGAUUCAUGUAUGACCAAAUAAUUCUUUUAAUGCUUUUUUUACCCUCCUAUAUAAGCUUUUACUAAAUCACAUUGGAGUUUAGGUGCUUAGGGAUGAUGAGUAUUCGGUACCAGCCCCAAAUACUCCCAAUAUCAGCUCAUGUGCUGGUUUUUGAAUCAUCCAUAUACCAUUUCGUGGUAGUUAUUCUCAGUUUUGAUAAUUUUGUCUCCUUUCUUAUUCAACAAUUUGGCAAAGUUCUUCUGAAAGCUCAUUUUCUGCUUCUCUACCAGUUUUUCGAUAUCCUAUCUUGUAGAGGCAUUUUCUUACAUCAAAGAAAGUCACUUAUUAUCCUUUCCUGGUGUACCUAUUGGCCUCUUGUUUUUUUGAUUCACGUGUAACCAAAAACCCAGAUUAAAAAAACUAUAAUUCUUCUUAUGUUCUCUUUCACACUCCCAUAUCAGCUUUUACUCAAUGACUUUGGAGUUCGGGCGCUUAGGGGUGAUGAGGAUUCAGUACCAGCCUCAAAUACUCCAACAUCAGCUCAUGUUGUGGGUUUUUAACAGUUUCGUGGUAGUUCUUAUCAGUUUCUGGUAAUUUUCAGUCUCAACAACAUGAAAAAGUCCUUUUGGAUGCUAAGAAGGUUCGAUACUUCAAUGAGGAGGGAAAGGCUGUUAAAUAAUUAGUUUUUAGGGGUAGCUAAAAUUUAAAAAAAACGCCAAAGUCCAUGUUUUUCUUAUAAUUAUAAUACAGACAAAUACAAACGAUAAUAAAAUAAUUAAGCCCUU